AUGGUAUCGAAUGACUCAGCAAGUUUUUCACUAGAAGAAAUAAAGGCGCAGCUGGCCGCUCUCGGAUAUGGUGACGUGGGGGAGGAGAGGCUAGAGCAGUUUCAUUCUGAUAUUUCAAGGCUUUUGUCGGCAGACGAUAAUUCAGCCGACCCAAAGCCUUUAGAUUAUGAUUUACAGACAACAGGCGACUCGUUCUUGGAUAUAACCGAUGCUACGGAAUACAUCUCGCUACCAAAAAUUCAUCCAAACCAGCAUCGCGCCGGUCAACACUCGGACUCCGACGCAAGCAGCAUUGUUUCAACAUCAAGUUCGUCGAUUUCAGAGUCGUUUUUCCGAACAGCGCCGGUUUCAAAAAUAACCAGAAAAGUUCUCCGAAAAAGCAACGAUGGCGAAAGCUUCGUCUCUGUAAUCGAAUCGGUGCGACCGAACGACUCUAUCGUCUCCAUUGAACGGGAUAAUACGAAUAAUUACGAUACUCAAUCAUUGAUGAGCAUUUCCACAAUCGACUCCGAGUUACGAGAUAGACUAGAUCGACUCAAAAUUAAUAUCAGAAGACAGAACAGUGAAAUCGAACCCAGCAGGCCACAAACAGCGAUUAAAAAGAUAUCAAAAGUGCGAUUUGAUGAUAAUCAAGACCAUACUCCAAUUUACGCAAGGCCGCAGACCGCACCGCCUGCUCCAAGGAACGAUGGAUACUGGGACGGCGAAAGAGGCUCGAACGCGCCUGCUUUUCUCAAGCCUCACUUCAAAACGGGCCGGAAAGAUGGGCCGGUAGAGCUCUUCCAGAAGUAUCGAGACGAUUGGGGAAAAUUCAAAUUACCAACGGGGGAGUGGAAUAAGGAGAGACAGGCUGUAAGGAAGAUCAUGUCCCAGAAAGACCCAGAACCAGUGUUGCCCCGUCGCAAGAUCACGACAGAUUACGUCGUUCCAACAACAAAGAAGCGAAGAGCACUCGCUUGGGAAGUGCGAACAGCCCUUCACGAGCGUCGCCCGAUUCAGAACUAA